CGCGCGGGCCCCGGCGGGCUCCGGCGGGCGCGGCGCGGCGCGGGGCCGGCAUGGAGCUCUUCCAAGCCAAGGACCACUACAUCCUGCAGCGGGGCGAGCGCGCGCUGUGGUGCAGCCGGCGCGACGGCGGCCUGCAGCUGCGGCCGGCUACGGAUCUGCUUCUUGCCUGGAAUCCCAUUUGCUUGGGGUUGGUGGAAGGUGUUAUUGGGAAAAUUCAGCUUCACUCAGAUCUUCCAUGGUGGCUUAUUUUAAUCCGGCAGAAAGCACUGGUGGGCAAACUUCCAGGGGACCAUGAGGUCUGUAAAGUUACCAAGAUUGCCGUGUUAUCCCUCUCUGAAAUGGAACCUCAGGAUCUUGAGCUAGAGCUUUGUAAGAAGCAUCAUUUUGGAAUUAACAAACCUGAAAAAAUUAUACCAUCUCCUGAUGACUCCAAGUUUUUGCUGAAGACCUUGACAAAUAUUAAAUCCAACGUCUCUGCUCCAAAUAAAAAGAAAGUUAAAGAAAGUAAAGAAAAGGAGAGGUUGGAGAAGAGAUUGCUUGAGGAGUUGCUAAAGAUGUUCAUGGACUCAGAAUCCUUUUUUUACAGUUUGACCUAUGACCUGACCAAUUCAGUGCAGAGGCAGAGCACUGGGGAGGAGGAUCCCCGCCCCCUCUGGCAGAAGGUUGAUGACCGAUUUUUCUGGAAUAAAUACAUGAUACAAGAUCUGACUGAGAUUGGUACUCCAGAUGUGAACUUUUGGAUCAUCCCAAUUAUCCAAGGCUUUGUGCAGAUUGAAGAACUUGUGGUUAAUUAUAAUGAAUCAUCUGAUGAUGAGAAAAGCAGCCCUGAGACCCCGCCUCAGGAUUCCUCAUGUGUAGAUGAUGUUCACCCGAGAUUUCUAGUUGCUCUCAUUUCACGCCGAAGUAGGCACAGAGCAGGAAUGCGCUAUAAACGGAGAGGAGUAGAUAAAAAUGGAAAUGUUGCAAAUUAUGUGGAGACUGAGCAAUUAAUUCAUGUCCACAAUCAUACCUUAUCAUUUAUUCAGACACGAGGCUCAGUACCUGUCUUUUGGAGCCAAGUUGGGUAUCGAUAUAAUCCACGACCUCGGCUGGAUAAAAGUGAAAAGGAAACUGUUGCCUAUUUCUGUGCCCAUUUCGAAGAACAACUGAAAAUUUACAAAAAACAGGUUAUUAUUAACCUGGUGGACCAGGCAGGAAGAGAGAAGAUCAUCGGCGACGCCUACCUGAAGCAGGUGCUGCUCUUCAACAACCCACAGCUCACUUACGUGUCCUUCGACUUCCAUGAGCACUGCCGAGGAAUGAAGUUUGAGAAUGUUCAAACGCUGACAGAUGCGAUUCAUGACAUUAUUCUUGACAUGAAGUGGUGUUGGGUUGAUCCGGCAGGGGUAAUAUGUAAGCAAGAAGGGAUUUUUCGAGUGAAUUGCAUGGACUGUCUGGACCGCACCAACGUGGUCCAAGCUGCCAUCGCACGGGUGGUCAUGGAGCAGCAGCUAAAAAAAUUAGGUGUGCUGCCCCCAGAGCAGCCACUGCCAGUGAAAUGCAAUCGCAUCUACCAGAUAAUGUGGGCCAACAACGGGGACGCCAUCAGCAGACAGUACGCGGGGACAGCCGCUCUGAAGGGCGACUUCACAAGGACUGGAGAAAGGAAGUUGGUGGGCGUGAUGAAGGAUGGUGUGAACUCGGCCAACAGGUAUUACCUGAACCGGUUUAAGGAUGCUUACAGGCAAGCAGUCAUAGAUUUGAUGCAAGGCAUCCCAGUGACAGAAGAUCUUUAUUCCAUAUUUACCAAGGAGAAAGAGCACGAGGCUUUGCACAAGGACACUCAGAGGAGCCACCAGGAACUCAUCAGUCAGCUCUUGCAGAGCUACAUGAGGCUGCUGCUGCCUGAUGACGAAACAUUCCAUGGGGGCUGGGCCCUCAUUGACUGUGACCCCAGCCUCACGGACGCCACUCACCGAGACGUCGACGUGCUGCUGCUGCUUUCCAAUUGCGCCUACUACGUGGCCUAUUAUGAUGAUGAAGUUGAUAAAGUAAACCAGUAUCAACGGCUAAGUCUGGAAGAUCUGGAGAAAAUAGAAAUAGGUCCAGAACCCACUCUUUUUGGCAAGCCAAAGUUCUCCUGCAUGCGACUGCAUUACAGACACAAGGAAGCAGGUGGCUAUUUCCACACGCUGAGAGCUGUCAUGCGCAAUCCAGAAGAGGAUGGGAAAGAUACCCUGCAGUGCAUCGCAGAGAUGCUGCGCAUCACCAAGCAAGCAAUGGGGUCAGAUGUACCAAUAAUGGAGAAAAAACUCGAGAGAAAGAGCAGUAAACCACAUGAAGACAUCAUUGGCAUUCGGUCUCAAAACCAAGGCUCUCUGGCCCAAGGAAAAAAAUUUUUAAUGAGCAAGUUUUCAUCUCUUAAUCAAAAAGUGAAACAGACAAAAUCCAAUGUCAGCAUUGGCAAUCUACGAAAACUAGGCAACUUUACAAAACCUGAAAUGAAAGUUAACUUUCUUAAACCAAACUUAAAAGUCAAUCUUUGGAAAUCAGACAGUAGCCUUGAGACCAUGGAAAACGCAGGUGUGGUGGAUAGUAAGAUCCAGGAGGAGUCGGACGGGGAAGCAUCUUCCGAGAACGACUCCUACCACUCCGAUGAAUUCCUUACCAAUUCCAGGUCUGAUGAAGACCGGCAGUUGGCUAGCUCUUUAGAGAAUGUAGGUCCGGUAGACUAUGUUCUUCCCAGCUGUGGGAUUAUUGCGUCGGCACCGCGAUUAGGCAGUCGAUCCCAGUCCGUCAGCAGCACUGAGGGCAGCAUUCAUGGCAGUGGGCUGGGGAAAGGCCACACGUCUCCUUUGAAGAAAAGUCCUUCUGCCGACCACAUCCACAGACUGACUGGUUGUGCCAAGCCAAUGGAGAUAUACUGCCACAGGUUUGUACAAGACGCACAGAACAAAAUGAUCCAGCGAGCGGAGUCCAGGUCUGUUUCUCAGCAGGCUGGCGAGGAAGGAAACCCCUCGACCAAUCAGGUUUCUCACGAAGAAACCCGAUCGGAAUCGAUGGGACAGACACCUUCCCGUCCGUCGCAGUUAGAUGUGUCGUCUUCUGCAGCAGGCCCACAGCUCCUGUCCGUUGAGCCCGCACAUGCGGUGGUAUCUCAAAAGACCCCAGGUUCUGGAUCCAGCCUGCUCGAACUCGAGACAGGCCUUCACCUAACUCCUUCUCCUUCAGAAAGCAGUAGCAGCAGAGCCGUCUCCCCCUUUGCCAAGAUCCGGAGCUCCAUGGUCCAGGUCGCUAGUAUUACCCAAGCAGGACUCACCCAGGGCAUCAACUUUGCAGUGGCGAAGGUCCAGAAGAGCCCCGCAGAACCCGAAAUGAUCAAUGAAGUCCAACAAAACGAACUUAAAAACAUGUUUACACAAUGCCAGACACGAAUAAUCCAGAUUUGAUUUCGUACCCGAGAGAAUCCUGUGGCUUUUAGUCAGUAGGAAAAGACUUCCCAGCUGGAGAGAGUGCAGGGGUUAAGGCAUGUAGCUUGCAUCUGGCCGACCCUGGUGCAGUCCGUGGCACAAGGUCCUCCGAGCAGAGGCAGGAAAAGCCCCUGAGCACGGCUGGGGGUGGCCCAAACACCACCAUCCCUCCCCGAAAAAGACUUCACAUAGUAGGCUAUUUUAACCUGUACUGUGUCUUUGAGUCUAGGGAUAACAAAAUUCUAAUUAUGUCUAUUGGGGAAAUGUUCUAAGAGGAGCCUGAACUGGAGCGGAUUUCCCGAUUUGGGAGUGAGAAUAACAGAAGCGUGUCAUCCUAGACUGUAUAGGCCAGAGCAGUUUGUUUUCCUUUGAAAAGAAUUCAGGACUGGUUUAUCUGGGGAUGUAAAAGCUAAGAAUCUUUUUUUGGUGGAAUAGGUAAAGUGUAUCCAGUAGUAUGAAAAAAGUAUCUGAAUAUAAAACUCUAAAGUCUUAAUAAUUUAACCAAUCUCUGAUAGUUGAUUUUGGCACUGCAGUCAAAAAAUAUGCCCAUUCCCAAUAUUCUGCUUAAGCAAGUUAAAAGUACGAUGUCACCUUGCACUCCCUAAAGUCUUGAGUAUAUUUUUCCAGUCAUACAAAACUUGAUACAUCAGAUGUCAAUAACAGCCCUGCUUGUUUUUCAGGAAUUUAACUAAAUUUGUUGGCAACUGAUCAUUCUUAAAGUCUUCAAAUUGUAAUUCUUUCUAGAGGCAUUCCUUAGCAUUUUACAUAAAUAAACUACACAACUAUUUUAGUCCUAAGCACAGCUGUGCUGAAUUGAUUAUACUCUAAUCCUGGCCACAUGGAACUAGGACCUCUCCUACUAGCCCACAGAGAGAAAGGGUGCACAUAUUCCAAACAAGUAUUGGUUUGUCUGGUAUCUUUAGAGUUGUUGAAAUAAUUCUCGGCUAAACAUUAUGUCUGUUGUAACUUUGAUGAAGUAUUCCCACUUAUGUUAUUUAUUAGUGGUAUCUUUUUUUUUUUGAAGUGUCAAAUGUUGUGACUAUUUAAAAUAAAGUACCAUUAUAAUUUACAGUG